AUUCUGUGAGUGGACUCGGAAAAAAAAAUCCGGAAGGGGAAUACUACAGGAGGUAGAGUAACGACCACACAAGCAGCGACGAAAACACUGAAGUCUACUAUGAAUAAACUGACGUGAAUUAUUCGUUUGACCGUGACAUACUUUGGCAAUUACUUCGUGCCUUCUGAACUCUUAAACGUGCGUGAUACGUAUGCUAGAGGAAAAACUGAAUUAGCUUUCAUGUAGCAUUCAUAAACAUUGUGUAAUCGUUGUGUUCGUCGAGAGCCAUGGGCAACGGAAUGAACAAGGUGGUUGACGGGCUUUACCUGGGGAACAUACGAGACUCAGAGAACAGAGAGAGCCUGUCGCAGAAUGGCAUCACCCACAUCCUGUCCGUCUACAACAAUGCCAAGCCAGUCGUGGAGAACAUGACCUACCUGUGUAUCCAUGCAGCAGAUGCUUCCAGCCAGAACCUGUCUCAACACUUUAGAGAGUGCAUCCGGUUCAUCCACGAGUGUCGUCUGGGUGGAGGCACCUGUCUGGUCCACUGCCUGGCAGGUGUGUCCCGCAGCACCACCAUGGUGGUGGCCUACCUGAUGACCGUGACAGAGCACGGCUGGGACGACUGUCUCUCCGCCGUCAAGGCCGUCCGCUCCUUCGUGGGCCCUAACUACGGCUUCCAGCAGCAGCUGCAGGAGUUCCAGAUGACCCAGGUGUCAGAGUACCGGGCGUGGUUGCAGUCCAGUUUCCCGCCCAGCCCGUUUGCCGACCAGGAGCAGGUGUCAGCCCUGCUGAGACGCUACAGUGAGCAGCACCAGCAGGGACACCAGGGCCAGGAGUGGAUGAACCAGGCCGGCGGCAUCCUGCCCCUGCCCUACAACGCCUACGGCCCCAGGGGCAGCAGCUGAGCCCGGGGCCCCUGGUCCCACCUCCCUCCACCACCCUCCACCUCCGACCUGCCGAUUGGACUGAGGGAACCCCACCUACACGAUCAACCCGCCCUACCCCACCACCUGCCUUAGCCCACCACCCGCCCUACCCCACCACCUGCCUUAGCCCACCACCCGCCCUACCCCACCACCUGCCUUAGCCCACCACCCGCCCAGCCCCUACAGAUCCAGAAAGGGAGGUGUUUGUAGGCCGGACUGGGUUAAACUGAACUUGGUUUAUCAAUCAUGCCUUUGACAAAUGAACAGGACUCUACGGACUGUUCUGGAAUUGGUGAGAGACGUUCCUUUCACACCCCUAAUGUACACGAGUGAGCACCUUGAGAAGAGACACUCACCGAAGCCUUACUUUACCCCCAGCACCUUCCAGCCCCAGCCCAGACCAAGGCAGCCCAGCCCCAGCCCAGACCAAGCCCCAGCCCAGCCCCAGCCCCAGCCCAGACCAAGGCAGCCCAGCCCCAGCCCAGACCAAGGCAGCCCAGCCCCAGCCCCAGCCCAGACCAAGGCAGCCCAGCCCCAGCCCAGACCAAGGCAGCCCAGCCCCAGCCCAGAGCUCCUGAUCCUCACACCUUCUCUGUCUCUGCAGCCUCACCAUAAGAGAAUGGUGUUUAUUAAUGGAAUGCUAUUUACAUAUUGGCUAAGGUCAUUCUUUUAAUCAAAGAUGAUUCUCGUGUGUGUACAUGGCGGGAAAGCGACUGACUAUACAUUUGACGUUAAUUAAACAUCUCGGUUGGUUUAUCUGUCCUUCGUGGUCUGAGACCAAACAGGUUAUUUUCUAAAUGUAUCGUUAAACUAUUCCUUUGUCCAUGUUAUGUUUGCCAAACUCUUUAGAAUAAAUCCUAAAACAUAAAACAUUUUUUAUUUGUUCCUCGAUGUUAUGUGGUACAAAAUUGUAUCACUAAUGAUCUGUGUUUAUAAAUAAAAUGUACAAUAUAAUAGUUAUAUAUUUUAUAACUGCCAUGUAUGCAGUAUAUGCUAAUAAACAUGAUUCAAGAAG